GUAAAGGCCGUCUCUUAUAACGCCGACAAAGGGAAUAGUAAACACGUCGCCAUUGUGACCGAAUGGUACUAGUUCCAUGGUAAAAUUCAGAGUUCUUUAUUCACAUGAUACUGUUAAGGAUAGUCGGUCCAGGGAAGUCUUCAGCAUCGUGAAAGCAUGACAAUGUUCCUUAUUUGAAAUGGCGGAAGGGGGAUUAUUUCUGGAUGGAAGCGAUUCGUCGCUCUCUCGCCUUCUGCAAUGUUCCAUCUGCUUGGGGCAGAUGCGACAACCGAAAUCCCUUCCUUGUUUACAUUCUUUUUGUGUGGAAUGUCUCAGUACCCACAUCAUCACAGACCUUUCGGCAUCUGGCGAGACGACAUUUCCUUGUCCCGUUUGUAGGAGGAUAACAUCUCCUGUCAAUCCUUUUGAGAGAAAAGAAAACUUGGCACAGCACUUCCCGACCAACAUCCACAUCAAGAAGUUAAUCGACCUUCAAGCUGUCUCAGGAACUCAACAGCCUUGAUGUGGACCAUGCCAGACGACACAGAAGAUUACCAAAGUAGCAGAAGUUUGGUGCAGCACUACAAAGACGUUCUUUUGUAAGCCCUGUAAAGAACAUUAUCACGAUGUUAUUCACAAGGAAUGUGACGACGUAGCUCUCAAUGAGGAAAGCAUCCACAUGGCGUGUAAACAACCUCUACCAAUGACAUGUCAAACACACAACGAAAAGAUGGACUGUUAUUGUGAAGAUCAUAAGUUUAUCGGAUGUAACAAAUGCAUAAUCACAGAACACAGACGCUGUGAUGAAGUUACAACGACCAAAGAGUAUUUUGAAAAACAGAAGAGCAACUCCAAGCUUAAGGAUAUGGACAAGACUCUUGAGGAGGCGGCCAACGGUAUGGGGUUGAUGGUGAAUUCUUUCGAUGACCAAGUAAAAGCUAUGCAGGAAAGACAACAAGUUGAACUGAACAGUAUUAUAACUCUCCGGAACAGGAUCAACGCCCAUCUCGACAAAAAGCAGGAGGAAAUAACACUUCAAAUGAAUUCAAAAUACAAAACAGAAACAGGAAAGGUUGAUUUGUCGAGGCAGAGAUGUAAUCGGCUAAAAAAUGCAAUGCUGAAUACAAAAGAAGCCUUGAAGUUGGCAGUCGUGCGUGAGGAUGAUGUGGAUACAAUACAACUGUUUAUCAGAAGUCAGACGGAGACUGGAGCAAGCAGAGAUUUAAUCGGCCAAUUUUGUGAUUCCCUGACGUCAGUGAAUAUCAAACACGAGAUCGGCCAUGAUCUUCGAACUCUCAACGAAACGUCUUUUCUGACCUUGGGUAAAAUCAACGUUGAAAUGAAACGACAGAGCCUGCCUAACGGUAUAAAGUUGGUAAAGACAUUAUCAAACUGUCGUGCAAAGAAAGUCAGAUCAAUCACUUUAGAUACUCUUCCAGGACAAGACGGCAAUUCUGUGCAAAACAGUUCCCGAAAGGGUCUGAAAGUGCGUACUGAGAUGGAUCUCUUUAAGCGUAAGCCUAGGAAUCCAGCAGAGUUUUCUGUGCAGAGAAUUGCGUUGCUGUCAAAGCUUCUGAUUGUCAGUUUUUCUGGUCAGACAUACAUUUGUCUCUUCACUGCAGAUGGACAAUAUUUGGAUCAACUUAAAACACGUGGGAAUCCCAGUGACCUGUGCAUUGUGGAUAUAAACACCGUGGCUGUAUCUGUAGGUGACCACACCAUACAAGUCGUGAAAGUACAAGACAACAAAUUGACUCAGUUGUACGUAAUAGGGACUCAGCCGCGUAUUGGUUGUUAUGGAAUAACUUUCGUGAAUGGUAAAUUCAUGGUAAGCACACGAAAAGACAUCUAUAUGGUAACAAGAGAAGGCGAGGCCCUCAAAGUACACACGUUAGAAAAAGACUGCUCUCAUAUAGUAUAUGAUCCGCUAUAUGAACAGGCAUUUGUCAGCAUCUCAGAACACCAGCGUGCCAGUAUGUCAGAGGCAGAAAUGGAUGAUGCGUGGAUACAAAGACCACAAAGCUGCUCUGUGUUUGAACAAGACAGGUAUGCCGAAUAUGAUACAUAUGAGAUGGGGGCGGAAUCAUAUCGUGCGGGGAACGCGUUGUGCGUUGCUAACGCGUACAGCAAUAGCCACGCUAUCGCAAACAGCACCAGUAGUCGUCAGUCUGAUGGAACAAGCAGUAAACCUUCCAUGUAAGCCUGGGUCGCAUAAAUGUCCACCUGCCAGACAGACGAAAAUACAACAAAAAACCAUCCUGAAAGUCGGAGUGGUCAAACGGGCGACGGGAAUAGAUGUAGAUCGUGAGGGGAACGUAUACGUCUGUGGUCAAGAGACCAACAACGUAGUCCAGAUUUCAGCAGAUGGGGCCAAGGUCAGAGAACUCCUGACGUCAUCGGAUGGCAUAUACAGUCCAAUGGCCAUAUCGGUGUGUGGGGACAAAUUCGUUGUGACCAAUCAAUCACCACAGCAAAUGAAAAAUAUUAACGUGUACCAGCUCUACUAAAUGUGAAGCCUAUUCUAUUGUGUCUUAAACCAAAUAUCAUAAUCUUUUGGAAUAUCAGCAUUGCACUGUAUUGCGUUGGAUUACUGUGAUCUGCAAUUUGAUAUUUAAAGAUGGGUUUCUGCAUUUUUUUGCUCUCAGCUUUGGUUCCUCGUAAUGAUAUGCAAUGUCAUUUUUAUAUCUUAUUAUUUUUCCUUGUCAGGGGACAUGAGAUAUAAACAUUGGCUAUAAAUGCCAUCUUGGGACACACAAAACAACUAUGAAAUACAUAAAAAUGGUUUGAUAUUUGAUUUCAGCAACAACAAAAAUUAUUCCCUUGAUAAAUCAGCAUCUAAUGUUCAAGAGACCAAUGACAUGUAUGGUUGGCAGGAUUAUAAUUAGGUGGAAUUAGGUUGACCUAUGACAAAUACCGUUCUUUGUGCACUUCCAAUAAUGUCGUCCUAUCCAGGAUAUGCCUCUUUGACGUUUCUAUUUGUAAACACGCUAUGGCAGUUACUUUUUUUUAUAAGAUUUAAUUAUCCCUGAUUUGCUGUAAUUGUAGAGAUUAAAUAGAGGCAAAACCAUGUUGACGUUUUCAUACUGUCUUGAAAAAUACAAUUGAUCUAUUCAUUAUUCAAUACAUUUUGUAUGUCCUCAAUUUCUUUUAAGUAUGCUCUCUUCAUAAACACACUAAUUUGAUUUCCGUGGUAAUGUUUUCAUAUUAUGUUUUGUCGUGUAUUUAAAAUAAUAUUGUACAGUCACCCCUAGUAUACAGAUUUUGUACUUUUUAAUGUUGGUUAUGUGUUUGCAGAAGGGCAGAACCCUUCAACUAAUUUUUUUCGAUUGUUUUACGCUAUUGUAGUAUUGACAUCUCCACCUCCCCUCUCCGGCCAUUUUUUUGUCUUUGUUCAUUGAAAUAUAGUGUUUUGUAUUUGGAAAAAGGACUGACAACCCAACUAUUUAAGGCUGUGAUGCAAAUUAUGUGUCAGGGGAAGGGGAAGAUUCCAGAAAAACUAUUGUGUCUGUUUUUGUAUAAUGAUAGACUAUAGGUUUUGUGUUUGGAGAAACUGUGUUUAGUCUGAAAGGAUUCCAAACUUUUUUUCUUUGUUUUUGCGUUAUCCUAUAUUUUUUCUUGACAAAGAUGCGGAAUGCAUAUAUGGAAAUAUUCAUACAAACUUAUAUAUUAAUUUUUGAAUUAUCAUAAAAUAUAUUUUUUUAUUUCGAAUUUCAUAUAUAUAUUUACUAAUAUUGAUUUUUUUUGCGUAUAAAUGGUAUAUCAUUAAGUAAAUAUAAUGCACAUACCAAAUACAUACCAGAAAAUACAGUGUAUAUACAAUGUACGUACCAGGAACUACAGUUUAUAUACAAUGUACAAACCAGGAACUAUAGUGUAUAUACAAUGUACAUACCAGGAACUACAGUGUAUAUACAAUGUACAUACCAGAAACUACAGUGUAUAUACAAUGUACUUAAUUCCUCAUGCUUUAACUGAAAAUAUCACUGAAGAUACUGUUAGAUAUUCUAUUUAUUAAAAUAUGUAACAGUAAUGUGUAUAUGAAAAUGACAAAUUAUUGAUUCAAAUCAAUUUUUUUACAUAUGAUAAUAUCACUACGGCUUAUUCGCAUAUGUCAGCAAAUAUGUGUAUUCAAACCAGGUAAGUAUACCACUGCUUCCGACUCAUAUCAUUGUUCGAUACGUUAUUCAUUUCAUUCUCGUAAGUUAUCUUUAAAGUUUUUCAUAAACACUCGUAAAAUUAACUAAAGAUGGUAAAUAAAUACCACAUCUAGCAACCACUGUUUGUGUAACUUCUAUACGUACCUUACCUAUCCUAAUACAACGGAGCUUAAGCACGUGACAUUACCUAGUAAUCGUGACGAAAGCAUGGAAAAAAUUCAAAAGUAAUUAGUUCACAUGUAUAGCCAACAAAACACUUUAUACGAAGGAAGCAUUUUUAAAUGAAAACAAAAACAAAAACAAGAGUAAACAAGUAUUGUGACGUGUCGAUAGUUUUCAUGAUUUACAUCAUAUUGUAUAAGACUUGUAUAGUAACAUAGAAUUAUGUACGGAAUAAAUCAGGUUGCUUCUCAAUAAACUCAAUACAAAUGG